AUGGAUGACGAGCCGGAAUGCAGUCAUUCUCCAGACGUCCGAGUAGAUGAAGAUCCGGAAAAACGCCAUCCCCCAGGUUUGACAGCCCACAGAAUCGGACAUCACUUCAACAGUCAAAGGAUAAGCUCGAAGAAAGCGUGUUUUUUGCUAUUUCUUUUCAUCACUGGUGCCUGGGCCCAGGAAUUCGGUGCCGGCUUCAGCUCUACACCACCCGCCCCGCCGGUGCGGAUGCUACAGCCAGCGCUUGCUGUCGCAGCAUAUGAGGGUAUUAAGGACGCGCUCGGGAUCUGUGAGGACAGGCUGCGAUUUCAUGCUUGGGAUUGUUCAAGGAUAGGGCAUCCUCUGCUCGAUCCGCCUUUGUUGAAACAUGCUCAUCGUGAAUCCGCCUUAGUCUGGGCCCUAUCAUCUGCCGGAGCCGCCUGGGGAAUCGCAACCGCUUGUCUACAGGGCUGGCUCUCCGAGUGCGCCUGCACGCCGACGCCCGGCGAAAAAAGCGUGGGAGUGGAGCGGCUGCAGCUAUGGAGUACAGUAUGGGCUUGCCGCUACACGACGACUGUUCAGCCGGAUUCUGAUGGCCGGGAUCGACGUGGUGGGCGUGAUUUAGCAUCCCUGAACCCGGCAAAAGUGGCAGAGAAGCAUAAUUUGAAGGCCGGGAGAUUGGCAAUAAAGAAAACCGUGCUUCAAUCCUGCAAGUGUCACGGAGUCAGCGGGUCGUGUCAGCAAAAAACAUGCUGGAAACGGACGGCCGAUUUGGAUACGGUGGCCGUGCAUCUGAUUGAUAAGUACCAUCGAACCAAGACGGUAGCCGGCCAAGGAAAAGUAAAAAAUGCCGAUCUGCUGGCUUUUGAGCAAUCUCCGGACCACUGCGCAGCACGAACGGCCUCGAAUCGUAUCUGCGGCUGGCGGAAUGAAACGCAUGCCCAGGGCGACUGUAAUUCGUUGUGUUGCGGAAGAGGAUAUAAUGUGACCCACGAGGUGAUCCCCGCCAAAUGUGACUGUAAAUUCGUGUGGUGCUGCCAAUUGGUGUGCAAGGAAUGUCUGCAGCACCGGUGGACGAGUACGUGUCUU